UAAACAAUUCAGUUUGUGUUCCAAGACUGAACUUACAACAAUAAGAAAAAUGUUCGUCAAGAUCCUGUCCGUAUCUGCCAUCUUGGCUGCAGCGCAAGCAGGUUAUCUAGGAGGUCACGGAGCAACAUCCUACGCCUCAAACCAGCUCUCCGCCGGUCACGGAUAUGCUGUCCCAGCUGCUCAUUACGGAGGUGGGGGAUAUGGAGGUGGAGGAUAUGGACACGAUUCCCACCAAGACUACUAUGCCCAUCCAAAAUACCAAUUCCAGUAUGGUGUUCAAGAUCCCCACACCGGAGACCACAAAUCUCAACAAGAAGUAAGGGAUGGUGAUGUCGUCAAAGGAUCCUACACCGUUGCUGAACCCGAUGGUACCAUCCGUACCGUUCACUACACAGCCGAUGACCACAAUGGUUUCAACGCUGUAGUAGAAAAAUCUGGACAUGCAGUACAUCCUCAGGUUUAUGCUCAUGGUGGUCAUGGUGGAUACGACGGACAUUAUUAAUUGUUGUUUCUCUAGUUAAUUUAUGUGAUUUUUUAUUUUUGAUAUUGAUAUUAUUAUUGUGAUGUUUUUGCUCACACCUGUACCUAAUAUAGUUUGUAUAUAAAA